GUGAGUGAGUGAAUGAAUGUAUGUGUGAGUGAGUGAAUUUAUUAUUCAAAUUUUGACGUUGAGUCUGAAAAAACGGCAACGGUUUUCAUCAAGUCCUUUCAAAGUAAAAGUUCCAACAGUUUUUAGAUAUUACAUCAUCAUCUCAACUGAAGCUCCACCCACCAUCUGUUAGCUUAGCUUUGCAUAAAGAAUGGUUCAUAGUAUUGUCAGUGAACAACGAUGUGUGAGGGGGCGGGACAGGAAGUGAGCCAGCAAGUUAGACCACCUGCUAACUUGUAUAAAUAUGUGUGUCACUGUUGCACUUUACUAUGAACUAUGAGAAGGUCCUGGAGGAGGCGGAGUCUGGUGAUGUAACAUCAUAUGAGUGUGUGGUCUUCUUCAUUGGUGCUACAAACCACAGGACUGGGCAUCGCCGUCAGUCCUCACUGUUUCUUCCUGUGGAAAAAAAAAGUUUUUACAUUUAUCGCAGUGAGUUCGCUGUACGUGUGUGUGUGUGGAAACUGAACUGUUGCAUGAUGGGAAAAUUAGUUUUAGCACUUUGCUAUGAACUGAGUGUAGCUUAGCUUACAUGCUAGCUGCUAUGAUUGAAGCUAAAACCCUGGAAAUGUUAAGCCCCGCCCCCUCAUUAUUCUGUUCCAAACAGAAAUGUCUGUUUUUUAUGGUUUGUAUGUAACAAUGUAACUGUUUGAAAGACAGAGGGCGCCGGUGAGCAGGUGCAGGUAGUUCAGUCAUUCACUGUGGAAACAAAACCAGAAACGGGUCAGAUAAUCAAAGAGUUAAGGAUCGGGAUUCGGGUAGAGUUGACCUUCAUGGAUCGUCCUCUGAUGUCACUUCCUGUUUGUUCAUUUAUAUAUAUAUAUAUAUAUAUAUAUAUAUAUUUGUUUUUUAACAUGCGAUGAAACUUAAACGUAAAAACGUUUUCGGAUCAUUAUGUCGUCAGAAGUCACAUGACUGCAAAGCUUCAGUCUUUGUAUAACACUUUAUUGUCAACAGUUGUGCUGUCAUGGUCGUCUUCACCUUUAUUAAUAUUAUGAUGAUGCUGUUGCUAUGACGACGUCUGUUUCCUGCAUGUUUUUGCCUGCUGCUUUUGUUGUUUUCCUUUUUUCCUCUUUUGCACUUUGUUCUUGAAUUGUGUUGUCAAAGGUCAGAGGUCGAUGUUGGUUCACGUAUGAAAGAUAAAACAAACCUUUGUCCUUUCUUUUUGAAAUGCACCUUUACUGUACGUGUGUUUUCCUCUGACUGAUGAAUAAAGGAAGUGACAUCACUGACUCAAAACUUUAAAGCUCUGACAUCAGCUGUGUGCCUUUUUGUACCACCGUCACCACGUGAUAGUAAUAAAAAUAAUGUGAACGUAAACGUAACUUCACAUCCCAUCGCAGUCAUCAGAACAUCAGACCCAGCUGAUGUGUCCUUCUAGGCCUUUAUUGUGAAAUGUCACCGGAAAUGCUCGUUCCGCCUGCGGCUGAUUUAACGGAUGUUGCAGAUGGAGGCUGGGUCCGACUGAAACCAGGACUAAACCCGGAUUAAAAAGCGUGAAAUCAACACGAACAUUUCCGGCACGAAACGUGGAUUAAAGGCCGAUUGUGGGAGCGUUUACAGCGGCUGAGCCCGCGGCAGCUCCUCGUUCAUCUCUUCAAAAUGGCCGACACCGAGGUCUCCCUGUCCCCGACUCUGUUACCGUUUAAUUUUAGCUCCUCCCACUCUGCCCCGCCCCCUACCACUGCCUCCUCCCCCACCACCUUCUCAUGUCCCUCCUCCCCCUCUAGUGCCUCCUCCUGCUCUGAAAACUCUUCUGAGUGCCCCGCCCACCACCACCAUCACCACUGUCACCUCUGUCGUCAACCCCGCCUUCACCUGCAGUUGCCUCUGCCCACUCAGGACGAGCAGCCAUCCUCACUGAGUGCCAGCCCACGCAGCUCCAGCCUGAGCGGCAGGAGCAGCAGCAGCAGCAGCAGUAGUGAUGCUGCUGCUGUCUCUGAUGAUGAUGAUGAUGAUGUUGCGAGCAGCGCUGACCCACAAACCCAGAGUCCAGUGGCCCACGUCCUCACAGAGGACGUCAUGCAGACGAACCUGGGUGGUGACCAAGUCAUUGAUGCUGAAGUUGCUCUGAAGGCUUGUCAGGAAGUUCUGCUCCAAGUCCAGCUGUACAGCGACAACAAGCCCCAACAUCACCAACGACAAAACGUUCAAUUGAGCGAGUGCUGUGAAGCUCCUUGGUUCCUCGGUUCAGGCUCCAGCUCCAUCAAAGAGCAGGACAAGGAAGAAGAGGAACAAAAACAAGGAGGGGCAUCCCAGCAAGUCCUGCCUCCCUCAGCACAAACACCACCUUCCUCACUGCCACCAGCGAUCGCGUCAUCAUCAAAACAGUCAUGGCUGCUCCGCCUCUUUGAGUCCAAGUUGUUUGACGUUUCCAUGGCAAUCUCCUACCUGUACAAGUCGAAGGAGCCGGGCGUGCAGGCGUACAUCGGAAACAGACUUUUCAGUUUUCCUGACAACGACGUGGACUUUUACCUGCCGCAGCUGCUCAGCAUGUACGUGCACAUGGACUCGGAGGUGGGCGACGCCAUCAGACCCUACCUGCUCUACCGUUGUGGGCGGAGCAUCACCUUCUCACUGCUGUCGGCGUGGUUGUUGGGCGCUUACUCGUCCGACAUGAACAUCUCAACGCAGCGUCACUCCAGAGGCACCAAACUACGAAAACUCAUCCUGUCCGAUGAACUCAAACUGUCCGACGCGGCAUCUGCCAGCCCGCCGCCAUCGCCGGCCCACUGCCGCCACCACCGCAGACACAACAGCAGCCACAAAGAUGCCUCCAGCUCCGCCUCCAACUCUGUCUUCACGGGUGUCCCUGUGACGACGGACAUGGAGGUCUUUGUCUCCUCGUCGAGACAAACUCAUCAGAGAUCCAAGUCCGAGGCCACCGCGGUAGGCGGUGGGAGUGGUGGCGUCCUCCGGAGAACAGGGAGUAACCCGAAGGUGGAGGCGGUUCACGACAAGCCCGAGCGUCUCCGCCCGCAGCGUGAGUUUGUGAAGUCUCUGUUGUGCAUCGGGAAGCGUUUGGCGACAUUAGCGACCAAAGAGCAGAAGACGCAGCGACUCAUCUCUGAACUGUCUCUGCUCAACCACAAACUGCCGGCUCGAGUGUGGCUGCCCACCGCCCAGAACCAGCACCACGUGUGCCGCAUCCCUCACACACAGGCCGUGGUUCUCAACUCCAAAGACAAGGCACCGUACAUCAUCUAUGUGGAGGUUCUGGAGUGUGACAGCUUUGAGACGUCACACGUCCCAAACCGGAUCCCGGAGACCAGGAUCCGCUCUGAGAGCGGCGCGGAAAACCUGAACUGUUGCGCCGCAAACGGCGUUAAUGUCCUGUUUUCUGACGGGCUGACGUCAGAGAACAGGACAGGAAGUUUGUCCACCGUCCACAACUAUGACAACGAUGAUGACGCAUGGGCGACCGACGACAUUGGAGAGCUGCAGGUGGAGGUUGAAGCUCACAGCAGCAGUGACAACAUCAGUCAGUUUUCAGUCGACAGCAUCACGAGUUUGGAGAGUAAAGAGACAAUGUUUGUUGCUGCAGGAGACAUCAGACGGCGUCUGUCAGAAAAUCUCGCUCAAACUUCGACUGCGUUCAGAAAAGAUCCUGAAGAUCCAUCUGCUGUCGCCCUCAAAGAACCAUGGGAGGAGAAAGUCAGACGAAUCAGAGAAGCUUCUCCGUACGGUCACAUGAUCAACUGGAAGUUACUGUCAGUCAUCGUUAAGUGUGGAGAUGACCUGAGGCAGGAGCUGCUGGCCUAUCAGGUGCUGAGACAGCUGCAGUGGAUCUGGCAGCAGGAGAGACUUCCUCUGUGGAUCAAACCAUAUAAGAUUCUGGUGAUGUCAUCAGACAGUGGAAUGAUCGAACCUGUGCUCAACGCUGUGUCCCUGCACCAGGUGCGUAAACAGAGUCAGCUGUCUCUGCUGGACUUCUUCCUGCAGGAGUUCGGCAGCGUCACCACUGAAGCGUUCCUCAGUGCUCAGAAGAACUUCGUGCAGAGCUGUGCUGGCUACAGUCUCAUCUGUUACCUGCUGCAGGUGAAGGACAGACACAACGGGAACAUUCUUCUGGACUCUGAAGGUCACAUCAUCCACAUCGACUUUGGAUUCAUCCUCUCAAGUUCUCCACGAAACCUCGGCUUUGAAACGUCAGCGUUUAAACUCACGCCAGAGUUUGUGCACGUGAUGGGAGGUCUGGAUGGAGACAUGUUCCUCUACUAUAAGAUGCUGAUGCUUCAGGGUUUAAUCGCCGCCAGGAAACACAUGGAGAAGGUUCUGCAGAUUGUGGAGAUCAUGCAGCAAGGGUCACACCUGCCGUGUUUCCAUGGCAGCAGUACCAUCCGUGGCCUGAAGGAGCGUUUCCACAUGAGUCUGACGGAGGAGCAGCUGCAGCUGCUGGUGGAGCAGCUGGUGGAUGGAUCCAUGCGCUCCAUCACCACCAAACUGUACGACUCCUUCCAGUACGUCACCAACGGCAUCAUGUGACCACACACGUUCACCCUGUCACAGUGACCACAGGGAAACACACAUUCACCCUGUCACAGUCACAUUUGACCUGAAGAAGCACAAAGAGUUCAUCUGAGCAACAGACAGUGAUCUUCAUCAUCAUCAUCAGUGAAGAUAAACUGAUCAGCUGGUCACAUUUUUUUUUCAAUCAUUUGUUUUAAACCUUUACAAACAUUUUUAGAUUCCGGUUUAUUUUCAUUUUUAUCAUAAAGUUUCACGUUUUUUAACAGACAAACUAAAUUGAUUGUUACUAGAUUAGAUUUGUUAGCAUUAACUGACACAACUAAUGCUAACUAGCUUGUCAGUUAGCAUUAACUGACAAAACUUAAUCAGAUUUUUUGUUUUAACGACAGAAAAAAUUCAUCUUUAUGCUAAAUGUUAGCAUGUUGCUACGUAACUAAAAUGGCUUCUUUCUUCUUUUGACUGAAUGUAAACGACAUGUUUCAAAGUUUUUAAUAAAAGGAAAGAUUUUACGUGGUCAAUAUCAUUUGUUUGUUCAUAAGUGCUUUUAUUUUGACACUAAAUACUUUGAUUUCACUGAAGCAUUUCAGUAACAAAGCGACAUCUUUAUUCUGUGUCAAACUCAACUUUUCAUCAUGAAUAAAAAAUAGAAACUA